AUCUCUGCUGACCACUGGGCUCUGCCGGAGGCGUGCUGAGCGCUCGCACAGACCGAUAUAGCAUCAGAGUCCCAACAAGAAGCCUGAGUGUUAAGCUUCUUAGUGUUUUCACUGGUGCUGGAGAGCUACUCAAAAAUGGAGAUUACACUUGAAGAGGACAACACCAUGCCUUCUACAAACUUAGAGUACAAAGGUGCUCACCAGGCAUUCAGAGACCGCUGGAAAGAGACGGAUGACACCAUGUGUCGCCACAGCAUGUCCUUCCACCUGCACCACACGCUGAGGAGCGAGUUCUUUGCCAGCUACCUGUACCUGGUGGAGAAGAUACCUCUGGUGAAGCUGUUUCCUGUCACCUGUGAGUACAUCAAAGGAGAAAAGCAGUUCUACUACAGAGCUCAGAAGUUCUACGAAGAUGUGCCGGCCUCAGAGGAGGGCAUGAUGGGAGAUUUUGUGGAGAUAUCCAACAUCGAUCUGGAAGGUUCCCGUCAGUUUCUGAAGAGGUUUGUGGGUCCCGGUAAAGCUGGGACACAUUGUGCUUUGGACUGUGGAUCUGGUAUUGGGCGUGUGACCAAAGGAGUCCUCCUUCCUGUAUUCGAGAAAAUGGAGCUGGUGGACAUGAUGGAGCACUUCCUGCUCCACGCACACGAGGAAUACCUGGGUGACGGUGCUGACCGCGUAGAGACGUACUACUGCUUCACCCUGCAGGAGUUCACUCCUCCUAAGAACAAGUAUGACGUCAUCUGGUUACAGUGGGUGGCAUGUCAUCUAACAGAUAAAGACCUCAUGAACUUUCUUAUUCGCUGCAAGAAGAGUCUUCGCCCCAAUGGUGUCAUCAUCAUAAAGGACAAUAUGGCGCGCCAAGGUUGUAAGCUGGAUUCCAUUGACAGCAGCAUUAGCCGCCAUCUGGACAUCAUGAGGGUCAUCAUUGCCAAGGCAGGCCUGGAGAUCCUGGGAGUGGAGAGGCAGGACGGCUUCCCUGAUGUCAUCAUGCCUGUCUGGAUGGUUGCAAUGAAGUAAAAACGUCAUUUUGUCCCAUGAAUACUUCAGAUCUGUGUUUUUUUAGGCCACUUUCGCACUUAGAUGGACUUGGUCCGAAUGGGCGGAGAAUGCUUGUAAUUUUCAGCUCUUUGUUUGGCUGACUUUCACACAUGGAGCUUUCUGAAGCAAACUAAAGACCAAAGCGGACCAAACUGCCUGGAAUUAUUACAUAGUUCCAAAUGCCGCUCACCUGAGGGCAACAUUGCCCAAUCAAGAAAAGGAAAAGACGAACUAGAAAAACUGGCAAAUCCCCCUAAUCCUCUGAUUUUAACAGAUUAUUAAGUCCCUAUACAUGGGACUACGUUUCCUAACCUUCCUUGGCUACGUUAAUGCGAUUCCUGCUUCUCACUGUUACACUGUGAGAAGUUUUAUUUUGCUAUAUCCAUUAUUCUUUGACCAUUUACUUCCUUUACCUUACUUUGGUACAUUGUAACAAAAUAAGGUAGGGAAUGGAGUCACUCACUCUAAACAAAGCCAUAUUUCAGAGUUCAGGUGAGUUCUUUAUUGCCAAGGAGAGCAGACAAUCCAAACCCACAAGCCCUGGAGGGAAUCCAACCUGCCUGUCGAUGUGUCUUCACAGGAAACUUGCAAAGCAAAAGCGUAAUUCACAUGGUUUUUAUGCAGUAAUGGAUGCAAAAGCAAAGGAAACCUGGUAACAUACAAACUUGGAGUGUGGACUAAUCCACUCAAUUAUAGACAACAGUGGACCGUUUAAGCCAUUGGAUGUCUACAUUUCCCAGCAGUUUUACAUUUAGUUUUUCUUAGUUAUUAAGAUUUAAAUAAAUGAUAGAAACACACUCAGCUUAAAUUGAAGUUUAUCGAAAAUGUUGCCUUAAAAUAUGAAGCAUCUGAUUUGAUGUCUAUUCAUUCUUUAACAUCGGAACUCUUGAUGGUUACAUGAAAUAACACGUUCUUUGAGUUGUCGAAACUCUUCAACCAGUUACACAAUUAAGGUAAUUUGAAAGGAUUCUGAAGCUGCUUUUCACAACUUUCAGAAUUGCAUCAGUUGCAUCAAAAAGUUACAGUAAUUCAAAGUGCGUCGAUAGCUCCAAUCGGAGAUGUUGACGUGUGAAAGCCACUUUUUUUCUUCAAGAGAAUCAGCAGAUUGACUUGUUUGUGUUGAUUGCGUAAAAUUUCAUAUCUGCACAAAGCUGCUUUCCUCUGCUUCAGAAUCCCCUAGAAUUAUGCUAAUUGCAUAAAUGGUUGAAGAGUUACUGUACUCCAAAUUAUAAAACAAAAAUUUUUCACUUAAAUUUCUUGAGAUUCACUGAGCUCAUGCUUUUAGCAUCUCAUAUAGCAUCUAUUUGGGUCAGAUACAGUGUUUUAAAAGGUUUUUAAUGAGCGUUUCCAGAUAAACUUAGGGCAUUUUAUCCUGAUUUUUUUUUUUUUUUUUUAUGGUUUAAGUGUGCUGCUGAAAAUUAAUUUCACUUUUGAUAGUACUUUAAUUCCCAGUGGUGCUCUAAUUUGGAUUUUUCUUUAGAGCUUGAUUUGAAAAAACAGAUAAAAGUAAGUUCCCGUUACAAUUGUUUAUUACUAAGCAAAUGUUUAUUCAAUAGUUAUUUUCAUUUUCAAUUGUUUUCAGGACAACUAGAAGCUGGAAAUAUUUCUGUGCUUUUUUGUCUACGAGAAUCUAAAUGUCAUCAGAAUGAGAUUAAGGUAGUUAAAAAAAACUGCCCCACUGCCAUCCUCUUGUAAAACACGUUAGUAAAGGUGGAGAAUUCCGAUGGAAUUUUGAAAACCCAGAUUUUCUGAGAGUUUUCUUUAGUGACUCAAUUAACACAAAGACAAAAUAUGUCCGUAAAAAGAAAAAAUGACAAACAUUCUUUUGUAUUUUAAAGGCAAAAAUGUUAAACUUUAUUUAAAAACUCUAAAUAUUGUGAUGCUGGAGGACAUACGGCCAGGGCCAUCGACUGUAUAUGAGAACUGGACCCAGUGAAUGUGAUGUCAUCCAGAAAAUCAGCGUAACUUUUUUGCAAUGUGGAUGGAACCAGUAAGCAGAAAGCAGUAAACGAAUUGAUCUGAGCCAUAGUUUUUAUUUUAACUGUAUUUUAACUUCUCAUUUGCAGUCAAUUGUCAGGGUGGAUCAUUCUGAGGAGGACGUUUUUUAUUGAUUUCUUUCUCUUUUUGCAGCCAUAUUACUUUCUUUUGUUUGGUGUGAGAAAUAAGAGGGAAGUGCCACUAAAUAUGUUCAAAUAUGCAUCUAAAGUCUUUAAGAUCAUUUUAAAGAGUGACUACAUUUUUCACGCCAGAGUUCUGCUGUCAUUUGUCAGUACAGCCAUAAUUUUUGUGUUUUUUUUAUUUUAGGAAAAGUUCGGUUUAUUAAAAUAGUUUCUUGUAAAUAACUUUUGUUUGUCUUUAAUAAAGUAUUUUGUUUGCUCAUA